AUGGAAAAAACAUAUUUUACCAGUACCAUAAAGCCUUUUCCAGUAAAGCAGCCUUGUACAUCUCCCAGUCCAACACCCGCCUUAAUUGGGGCGUCUUGGAUAUCGAGAUCCUCGUCAUGCUCGUCGGGGGCUCUCAGGCAGUCUCCUGUUUCACCUGCGGUAACCUGGGGCACACAGCCCCCCUUUGUCCUCAGCGGCCAUUCCUCCCACCGCAGCUUCCAAAUCUUAUCUCACCACAGAGCAAUCCCUCCGUGUCCGCUCGUGCUGACUGUAGAGGCCGAAAGGUGGAGCUCUUUAAUAACACCGAUCUGCAAUAACUUUAACGAGAAUGUCUGUACUUACCCCAGCUGCAUGUUUCUUCACAUCUGCAGCACGUGCAAGGAGGCCCAUCCUCGAUCAGUAUGCCCUCGCCGAGUGAUCCUGGCCCGGUCACCGGCAGGAGACUUGGCCAAACUCAAAAACUUUCUAAGCAUACACCCAUCUACUCCCAUAAAUAUAUCAGCACUGGCGGCAGAACUAUCUUCGCACCCAGACUCCGUCUUUACGGAUUACCUGCUGACCGGCCUCUCCCAGGGCUUUCGGGUCGGCAUCCUAUCAUCCCCGGUCUCCACCUUCGUAGCAAAAAAUCUUCAAUCAGCCAUCAAAGAUCCCGCUACUGUGUCCCAGCUACUUAACAAAGAAUUAAAUAAAGGUUACAUUAUCGGUCCGUUUGACUCCCCUCCCUUUCCAGUGUUUAAUUCCAGUCCGGUAGGCAUCGCCACUAGGAAAUAUUCAGGGAAGAAAAGGUUAAUCUUCGAUCUGUCAGCUCCCCACUCCGGCCCCGUCAGUAGCAUUAAUAGUCUCAUUCCUCCGGUGCCAUUUUCCCUGCAUUACGCAACCGUCGAUAACGCCAUUAGAUUGAUUAAACUAGCAGUUCAAGGUGCAUGGCUAUCCAAGGCAGACAUCACAGAUGCCUUUAAAAUCAUCCCCAUCCAUCCGUCCCAGUGGCAUUGUUUCGGCGUAAAAUGGGAUGCCAAGUUUUACUUCGCCGUUAGAUUGACGUUCGGGUGUAGGAGCAGUCCAUGCAUCUUUAAUUCGGUGUCAGAAGCGCUUUGCUGGAUUCUCCUAAACAACGUGAGACUCCCGGCAGUACUUCACCUCCUCGACGACUUCCUGUUAAUCGACCCUCCAAACGAUAGUUCCGGUUCCUCUCUAUUAAAACUGAAAAAAAUGUUCAGCCACCUCGGUGUGCCACUCUCGGACGAGAAAACAUUAGGCCCCGCAAAAAAACUAGAGUUCCUAGGCAUUUCUCUGGACACCUGCGACAUGAAAGCUUCGCUUCCCAAAGACAAAUUACAGAGAAUCCGCCAAAUUACUCAGUCUUUUUCAGCGGCCGUACUCAUCUCCAAACAGGAGUUAUUGUCUCUCCUCGGCCAUCUGAAUUUCGCCAUGCGCGUAAUUCUGCAGGGCCGCUCCUUUAUUUCUAGGCUUCUCGCCCUGGUCUCCUCCGUUCCUAAUUUGCACGACCUCGUCUCACUAGAUGAAGGUUGCCGCUCAGACUUAAAAUUCUGGGCAGCCCUGUUAGAUCAGUGGAACGGUAUCUCCUUCUUCUACGACGAUAUCGUGCACUCGUCCGAGUCAUUGCAGUUCUUCACAGAUGCGGCUCCAUCCGUGGGUUUUGGGGGGUUUUUUCAGGGGCAGUGGUUCGCCAGCAGCUGGCCCACGGCAUUCCCCGAGCACGAGCAGUCCUCCGCGCUGUUCGAGAUCUACCCCAUAGCAGUCGCCUGCCAUAUUUGGGGGCAUCUCUGGCAGCGCAAAAGAAUCUCGGUCCUGUGCGAUAACGAAGCAACGGUCAACGUUAUAAACAAGGGGCGUUCGUCUUCAGGCGCGAUCAUGCCUUUCAUGAGAUGUAUCACUUGGCUAGCAAUCACGCACAACUUCAUUCUAACAGCCCGUCACGUCCCCGGUCAUUUCAACAUCAUUGCUGACUCUCUGUCCCGUUUUAAAUUUCAGAUCUUCUGCAGUCUCUGCCCGGACGCCAGUCCCAAUCCCACACCUGUCCCUCCGCUUCAAGAACUAGUCCUAUUUUGA